UGUGCUACUGACUGAGAUGCGCCGUGAAAAGACACCACCAAGUAGUCCAUCGUGCGGAUCCACCGUGAAAAGUUGUCGUCGUCCCAAGCAAGUCCGUCGCAGCAAGUGUCGCACGCGUGCGUUCUGAGGACGCCACAUGUGCACGCACACAUACAUAGAAAUACAAAAGGAAGCAAAUGAAGUGAAAUAUUCUCACCAAAUAGCAUAAAUAAAUCUGGCGAAAAAAUAAAAAGCUUGUGACGGUCGUGCGAUUUGAUGCUGCGCUAGGGAAAGAUUUGUGUCAAAAUGAUACCGAGAAAAGGAAUGCUCCGAAUGCCAAAAUCAGUGGUGGUGACGUUGCUGGCGACGCUUUUGAUUGGGAAUUUCGGCGUCCUGCUUGGGUAUAAUAGCGACGCCGACGAAACGGUAGAACACAUCAAAAUCGGCGGACUUUUCGACGGCGAUACGGACGACGCGUCCCUCGCCUUCCAGUACGCGGUCGAGGCGGUCAACAACGAGAAACUUUCCUACUCGAACUACCGGCUGGAGGCGCAAUCGGUGGGGGUCAAGUACGGCGACGGAUUUGAUGUAUCGAAAAAGUUGUGCAAACUGUUGAAGACCGGUGUUGCAGCCAUAUUCGGGCCAAGCUCUCCGAAAUCGGCUCUACACGUGCAGAGCAUCUGCGACGAGAAGGAGAUGCCGCACAUCGAAACUCGCUGGGAUGCUCACACCAAACUCCCAACCCUUAACAUCCACCCGUAUCCGACGAUCCUCGGACGAGUACUCCUAGAUCUGGUGGUAGCCUUCGAUUGGAAGGACUUCACCAUUAUUUAUGAAUCCGGUCCGUGGUUGCCUGGAAUUUCUGAGCUAUUGAAGAUGUACGACCCUAAAGGGUACACGGUAACUGUGAGGCAGUUGGACCUGAAGCUAAACGGGAAUUACAGGGCUGUUUUGAGACGGGUGAAAAUGUCCGAGGACAAACGAAUAAUCUUGGUUUGCUCGAUCGACACCAUGCCGGAGGUUUUGAAACAAGCUCAACAGGUUGGGUUAAUGACCGAUCAUCACCAGUUCAUUAUUUCGUCGAUGGAUCUGCACACGAUCGAUUUGGAACCGUAUCAGUACAGUGGAACGAACAUAACCGGGAUUAGGCUUGUGGAUCCUGAGGAAGAGAAGAUUCAUCAGGUGACCGAGUUCUUGAACACCUCGCAGAUCGCCAAAACGCUGGAACUGAAAGAAGGACUCAAUCCGGCUACGAUGAGAGUGGAAACGGCGUUGAUGUACGACGCUGUCUUGUUGUUCGCAGAGGCCCUGAAACACCUGAUUGGCAUCGAUCCACCCCAUCCAUUGGAACCGAUCCCGUUGAAGUGCGAAGAUGACGUUACCUGGAAGAAUGGCUACAGCAUCAUCAACUACAUGAAGACAUCUACGGUUCACGGGUUAACCCGGACUGUGAAGUUUGAUCACGAGGGUCAUCGAUCGGACUUUUUGCUGGACAUUGUCGAACUAGGACCAGCAGGACUGGAGAAGGUUGGCGUAUGGAACUCAACCGAGGGACUCAACUUCACUCGGAAGAAGGAGCACACCAUACUCUCGCCUGAUGACGGAACUCUUCAGAACCGAACUUUCAUCGUUCUGACGGCUAUCUCCCCUCCUUACGGGUUUCUGAAGGAAGCCCCAACACGCCUUACGGGAAACGAUCGCUUCGAAGGCUUCGGCAUCGAUCUGAUACACGAGCUGUCCCUCAUGCUUGGCUUUAACUACACUUUCGUCCUGCAGGAGGACGGCGUGUACGGUUCGUUGAACCGAGAAACCGGCAAGUGGAACGGUAUGGUGCAGGAACUGCUCGAAUGGCGUGCCGAUCUGGCCAUUACCGAUUUGACCAUCACCUCCGAUCGCGAGAGUGCCGUCGAUUUCACGAUGCCGUUCAUGAAUUUGGGUAUCUCGAUCCUGUUCCGCAAACCGACGAAGGAACCUCCAUCGCUGUUUUCCUUCAUGUCCCCGUUCUCGAAGCAGGUUUGGUUGUAUCUGGGUGGUGCCUACAUGAUGGUCUCGAUGUCCCUCUUUAUUCUGGGUCGACUUUCGCCUAAGGAAUGGGAUAACCCCUACCCGUGUAUUGAAGAACCGGAAGAACUGGAGAAUCAGUUCAGUUUCAGCAAUUCCAUGUGGUUCACGAUAGGUGCUUUGUUGCAGCAGGGUUCCGAAAUUGCUCCCAAGGCUGCUUCAACGCGUGCCGUCGCUUCAAUUUGGUGGUUCUUCACGCUGAUCAUGGUUUCUUCCUACACGGCUAACUUGGCUGCCUUCUUGACCGUCGAGCAGGUCCAUUCGCCGAUCAACAAUGCCGAGGAUCUGGCCGCGGCCAGCGGUGUGAUCAAGUACGGAGCUAAGCGCGAUGGUAGUACCAUCAAUUUCUUCAAGGAUGCCGAGUACAAAACGUACCAGAAGAUGUACGAGGUUAUGAUGGCGAAUCCGGACUUCCUGACCUCGUCCAAUCCGGAAGGUUUGAACCGGGUUAAAACGGAGAACUACGCCUUCCUGAUGGAGUCUACCUCGAUCGAAUACAUUAUCGAUCGGGACUGUACCGUGACGCAGGUUGGAGGGCUGCUGGACGAUAAGGGUUACGGGAUUGCUAUGCGAAAGAAUUCCCCGUACAGAAGUGCGCUGAGUGAAGCUGUGCUACGACUCCAAGAACAAGGUGUCCUCACUUCGUUAAAGCGUAAAUGGUGGAACGAAAAGCGAGGUGGAGGAGCUUGUACGGGUGCUGUUGAGGAAAGCGGUGCCCUUGCUCUGGAAGUUGCCAACGUCGGAGGCGUGUUCGUAUUGCUGAUUGUCGGUUGUGUUGUAGCAAUGUUUAUUAGCUGUUGCGAGAUGAUCUGCGAUGUCCAUAGUCGAUCCCGCGAAUUGAAGGUCCCCUUCCGCGAGGAGCUGCGGGCUGAGCUGCGCUUCGUGAUGAAAUGUUCCGGGAAUACGAAACCGGUUCGACACAGGAAGAGUUCGUCCGAUGGGUCCGGCAAUUCGAUCGAGUCCGGAGCGCUGACAGAACCUUCGGCCAGUUCCAAGUUGGAUAUUUCGCCAGGGGCCCUCAAUGGCAACGGAAUGGCAACCAAUGGAAAGUCGCUGCUCAACAUUCAAACCAAAAGUCGAAAGGUGCCAUCGGAUGAUUAAGGCAGCGAGUCGAUUCAAUUGAUCGAAUAGUAUUUCUUUGGAAAUAACACCGGUUUUUGUUAGUUCAAAUUUGACCUCUAAUAAGUACUUAGAGAGGAGUUUUUGAAGUUUGUUUGAUUAUAAGAUAACGAGAUUUUUUAGUAAAGCACUUUUGAGUGAAAAUAAGAUAAUCGAGACAGAUCUAAUCUUUUGUUGUUUUUAAA